GCCAGAUAUUAUUGAGGAGAUUCACAGGGGUUACUUAGAGGCAGGGUCAGAUUUCAUUGAAACCAACACUUUCAGUGGAACUUCAAUAGCACAAGCAGAUUAUGGAGCUGAAAACUUGGUAUACAGAUUGAACAAAACAUCAGCUGAAAUCGCCAAGAAGGCAGCCUUAGAUGUUGCUGCUGCUACAGGUGUGAAAAGAUAUGUAGCUGGUGCGAUGGGUCCAACCAACAGGACACUUUCAAUCUCACCCAGUGUUGAAAAUCCAGGAUACAGAAACAUCACCUUUGAUCAAUUGGUAGAGGCCUAUGCUGAGCAAGCCAGAGGGCUUUUAGAUGGUGGUUCUGAUAUUCUUAUGGUGGAAACAAUAUUUGACACAGCAAAUGCCAAGGCAGCAUUGUUUGCUAUUGAGCAGCUCUUUGAAAAAGAAUACAAGCCAGUCCCAAUAUUUGUGUCAGGCACAAUUGUUGAUAAGAGUGGCAGAACACUGUCUGGUCAAACAACUGAUGCAUUUGUAAUCAGUGUGUCCCAUUCCAAGCCUCUGAGCAUUGGACUCAACUGUGCCUUAGGAGCUACUGAAAUGAGGCCAUUCAUAGAAGCCGUGGGCUUGUGCACAACAUCUUAUGUUCUCUGUUAUCCUAAUGCAGGACUGCCAAACACUUUUGGAGGUUAUGAUGAAACGCCAGAGAUGACGGCAGAACAUUUAAAGAAUUUUGCUAAAGAUGGACUUGUGAACCUUGUGGGUGGCUGUUGUGGUACAACGCCAGCUCAUAUCAAAGCGAUCGCUGAGGCAGUGAAACCUUACAAACCAAGGCCACUUCCAGAGGACCAGUAUGCCAAUGCCAUGAAUCUUUCAGGUCUUGAACCCAUGAGAAUUACACCGGACACCUUGUUUGUGAACAUUGGGGAGCGUUGCAAUGUUGCUGGGUCCAGGAGGUUUUGCAGGCUAAUUAAGGAAGGAAAAUUUGAGGAAGCCCUAGCUGUAGCCAAGCUGCAGGUGGAGAAUGGCGCCCAAGUGUUAGAUAUUAACAUGGACGAAGGCAUGUUGGAUGGGGUGUCAUGCAUGGCCAAAUUUGUCAACUUGAUUUCUUCAGAACCAGAGAUUGCAAAGGUUCCUCUAUGUAUCGACUCCUCCAACUUUGCUGUAAUAGAAGCUGGGCUUAAGUGUACUCAGGGAAAAUGUAUCGUAAACAGCAUCAGCUUGAAAAAUGGAGAGGAAGACUAUUUGGAGAAAGCAAAGAUCAUCAAACGUUAUGGCGCCGCUGUUGUAGUGAUGGCAUUUGACGAACAAGGACAGGCUGCAGAGUUAGAAGACAAGAUAAAGAUUUGCACACGUUCGUACAACUUACUGGUGUCCAAAAUAAACUUCAACCCUAAUGACAUCAUCUUUGACCCAAACAUUCUCACAGUUGCAACGGGAAUGGAAGAACACAACAACUAUGGGAAAUAUUUCAUUGAAGCCACAAGGGCCAUUAAGCAAACUCUUCCUGGAGCAAGAGUCAGUGGGGGCCUUUCCAACUUUUCCUUCUCAUUCCGUGGAAUGGACGCAAUAAGAGAAGCCAUGCACAGUGUAUUCUUGUACCAUGGGAUUAAGGCUGGCUUGGAUAUGGCCAUUGUGAAUGCUGGUAAUCUUCCCGUGUAUGAUGAUAUAGAGUCCAAGCUUCUACAGUUGUGCGAGGAUUUAUUGUGGAACAGAGAUCCAAACAGCACGGAAAAACUGCUGCAGUAUGCUCAGGGAAUGGGCAAAGGAGCGAAGAAACAGGUCACCACAGAUGAAUGGAGAAACGGAAACGUGGAAGAGAGACUGGAGUAUGGCUUGGUAAAGGGCAUCGACAAAUUUGUGAUAGAGGAUACCGAAGAAGCCAGGCAAUGUUCAGACAGAUAUCCACGUCCGUUAAACGUAAUUGAAGGACCAUUGAUGAAGGGUAUGGGGGUGGUUGGAGAUCUCUUUGGUGCAGGAAAAAUGUUCUUACCUCAGGUAAUUAAGUCAGCUCGUGUUAUGAAGAAAGCUGUCGGUCACCUGAUCCCAUUUAUGGAAAAAGAGCGCGAGGAGAGACUGGCAAAGCACGGAGUUGGACCCGAUGAUGACCUUUCGAGUCGUUACAAUGGAACAAUUGUCUUGGCAACAGUCAAAGGGGAUGUUCACGAUAUUGGCAAGAACAUUGUGGGAGUGGUACUAGGAUGCAAUAACUACAGAGUUAUUGACCUUGGCGUGAUGACACCGUGCGAGAAGAUCUUACAGACUGCGAUGCAAGAAAAGGCCGAUAUUAUUGGUUUGUCUGGUCUGAUUACUCCUUCACUGGACGAAAUGAUUCACGUCGCCAGAGAGAUGGAGAGACAAGGUCUCAAAAUACCCCUGCUUAUUGGAGGAGCGACAACGUCAAAGACACACACAGCUGUGAAGAUCGCUCCGCGUUAUGCGGAACCUACUGUCCACGUUCUGGACGCUUCCAAGAGUGUUGUGGUGUGCUCAGCCUUGAUAGAUGAGAACGCUAAGGAAGACUUCAUGGAAGAAAUCAAAGAGGAAUACGAAGAGCUCAGAGACGAGCAUUACGAUUCUUUGAAGGAUCGCAAGUAUCUGUCCCUUGAGAAAGCUCGUUUGAAGAAGUGCAAUCUGGACUGGAUUGACUUCACUCCAGUGCGUCCAUCGUUCUUGGGUGUCAAAGUGAUUGACGAUUGCGAUUUAAAUGACAUCAUUCCCUACAUUGACUGGAAACCUUUCUUUGACGUGUGGCAGCUGAGAGGAAAAUAUCCCAACAGGGGGUACCCUAAAAUCUUCCAGGAUAAAACCGUCGGCGAAGAAGCAAAAAAGUUGUUCAACGAUGCCCAAGACAUGUUAAAGGCGAUUAUUGAGACGAAAUCGCUGCAACCGACUGGUAUAGUGGCUUUCUUUCCAGCUAAUAGUGUCGGUGAUGACAUUCAUAUAUUUGAGGACGACAACAAACGAGAGGGUUCCCCACGCGCUGUGUUCUACGGCUUGAGACAACAGGCCGAAAAGGAGCGUGGGGUAGAAGAUCCCUAUUACUGUCUGUCCGACUUUGUAGCACCGCUGGACUCAAAUAUCAAAGACUACGUCGGCUGCUUUGCUGUAUCUGUUAUGGGGGCCGAGGAGAUGGCUAAAAAAUUUGAUGAGGAUCUUGACGAUUACAGCGUUAUUAUGGUGAAAGCACUUGCUGACCGCCUAGCCGAAGCCUUUGCAGAGGAACUUCAUGAACUUGUGCGCAAGGAUUUAUGGGGUUACUGUAGCGAUGAGGUUCUGGACGCGAAGGACUUGCACCGAAUCAAAUACCAGGGAAUCCGGCCGGCACCGGGUUACCCAAGUCAACCGGACCAUACUGAGAAAAAGACUAUGUGGGAUUUAAUGAACUGUGAGAAAUUAACUGGAAUCAAGUUAACAGAGUCUCUGGCCAUGGAUCCCGCUGCUUCAGUAUCGGCGGUUUUCUUCGCUCAUCCUAAAGCUGUUUACUUCUCAGUGGGAAAAAUCUGCGAAGACCAGGUGAAAGAUUAUGCUGAACGAAAGGAAAUGCCAGUUGAAGAAGUCGAGAAAUGGCUAUCACCUAUUCUCUCCUACGACAGAGACUAAACGCAAACAGAAUAAUGUAUAUCAAGAUAAACGCAUGUCGUCGUACUCAUUUUCGUUCCAAGAUGAUGUUCUUGAGAGCAACGUAACCUUCGCAGACUUGAUGUGCUGGUGCUUUUCCAGCGGCAUGUGACUUUUCACGUUUUGGAAUCGUCCUCUUCGCGGAAAUGGGCAAAUACCAUUUAGGAUCCGGAUUUUUGUAAAUGAAAGGGGAUAUCGACAGGCGACGUACUAAGUAAAAGUAUCACUUAUGUUAUUGAAUCCCCAACAGUCAAUUUCAAUUGAAAGGCACUACUGCAACGCGUGACGGGUUUUCUGGGCUGUGUGAGCAUUCUAUCCUCUAACGAGGCUAAUUUAAACAAACGAACUAAGUGCUUUGAAAAACAAUGCCGAUCAACUCUCCAUUUGGUAAACUACAUUUGAGAAGUUCGCUUUUUAAAGGAUUGUCAUCGGAAAUACCUUUUGUGGGGGGUGGGGUAUCUUACUGAAAUUUUUAACAGCGUCGUGUUAUUAACAAGCUAACUAAGAACCUUGAACUUUCAGAAUUUUUGAACAUGUUCCUUCUCCCACCGUUUCAAUACUUUAUCUUGCAAAUACAUGCUGGGAAUAGGCUAACGUAUCCGCUGGAAGGUGUUGUCUCGCUGUAGCACCAAAUUAUUGGAAACAAUUUUAAAAGAAGAGUUUAGCGAGGGAAGAAGGUAGAGGAAGGAAGAGAGAAAUCAUGUCUGGUUGCGGCAGCUAAAUUAAGGGUUAAUGAUAUUCUUAAUUGUACAUCAUAAUACGUUAAAUAUCUUGGCUUCGAUUAUUUCGCACAGCAUGCCUUAUAUAAAAUCGAAAUGAUUUGUUAUAGGUAUUACGUGAAGUACCAUUUUUAAUUAUAGCCAAGAUGAUGAUUACUGUCAAGUAAUAAACUAUUUAAAAACAA